AUGUUCAGGUGGCGAGUUGGCAAGUGGACUUCCACUUUUGGAGGUCAUUUCGGUGGUUUCCGGCGGGUCUUCACAGAUGUGCGCUUUCAAGAUCUUUCUAUCGACAAGAGACUCCUCAGAGGCAUAGAGGCAGCUGUUGGUGCUGGUGCCCGUUUGACACCAGUACAACACCAAGCUUUUUCACAGCUCCAGAGAGCUGGAGAGGAACCGUGCGAAAAGCGUCCUGAUUUGCUGCUGCAGGCUCACACUGGCACUGGAAAGACGAUCGCAUUUUUAUUGCCGGCCUUACAGAGGCUGCUCGCAGAGGAGGCCAGGAAAAAAGGUCUCCGGCGCGCUGAAGGUGUAUCUGUGCUGGUGCUCGCCCCAACCCGAGAGCUGGUCCUACAACUGGCCAAAGUUGCCAGCAGGCUGCUGCAGUACAGUGGAGGAUUGGUCCGAAGCUCUUUCGUGGUUGGAGGCUUUUCGGUUCAGGAAGACAUCGAGCGUCUCAAAGCAGACGCGCCGCAUAUCCUUUUUGCAACACCUUGGCGCUUGGUCCAUCAUCUGCAAUCUACGCCCCACUUUGUUCGGGCACUGGGUUCAGUCCAGUCGCUUGUGUUGGAUGAAGCAGAUCGCCUGCUGAAUCCAGUCUUUGUGCACAAGGUUGACUACAUCUUUCGUCGGUUGCCAUGUUCAAGGCCACAGAUGAUUCUGUGCUCUGCCACGUUCAAUGAACAUAUUCAAAAAUUUGCAGUUCGAUCGCUUCGAGCAAAUCUUGAAGUGAUCAGCACCACUGCAGAGGAUGUGCAUGCUGAGACGCACCCGGUGCAGACCAAAACGAAGGUUGAGGUCGCAAAACCUGUAGACCAGGUACUCAUUCGCUACGACCCUCACAAAUUUCUACCAGUCUUGCAUGCGUUGCUGGUGAAGGAGAUGCUAGCAGCAGAAGGCGAAGCCAAGCGAGUGCUUGUGAUCUUCCCAACGGUGCGCUGGCUCCAGUUCUUUUACGUCCUCUUGAAGCACCGAGCCAACAUGCCUGGCCUUUUGUCAUUGCACCGGAGCCUCUCAGCCGACCGGCGCCGCAAUCGCGCUGUUCAAUUCUCCAAAGGGGCUCCUGCCACCUCCGGCGCCCUCUUUGCCACAGAUGUGGCUGCACGUGGUAUGGACUUCGACGUCCAUUCAGUGAUCCAAGUUGGAUGCCCGGAAGAUCGAGAACAGUACGUUCACCGGGCAGGCCGUACAGGAAGACUGGAGUCAACUGGUCGCUCCUUCCUUUUGUUAAAUCCGCUGGAAGAAAUCACGCUGAAGGAGCUAGAUGGUCUUCACUUGCAUCGUGAAGAGCACAUCGAGGAGGACACUACCUUUGCGGAGGCUGCCACAAACAUUCAUGGUUGGUGGGAGGAUGCCAGCAUCAGUGCCUCUGCGCACCUGUUCUAUGCCAGUGCAAUCUCCUUCUAUUUGCACGACAUUGGUCGCCUACGAGCGAACGCUGGCGAAAUUGUACGAACCGUUUCGGCUUUGAUUCAAUCCGCUGGCUUGCCAAAGGACUACGGCCUUCCAGCGCUUCCAAAAGGUUUAGCGGCCAAGUUGCGACAGAAGGAUGAACUUGUGGCGGUGAGAACUGAAACUGUACGGGAACGCUGGGAUGUGCUUGCUGCGCUGAGCCCUCAUCCAAAGCCAAGGCCGGGCAAAAACCAGGCUUCUGAAUUGGGCUGA